AUGCCCAGGGGACUCGUGGUCAAUGGAAAUGGAAGAAAGUCGAGGUCAGUCAGCAUACUGGACCGUUCAAAACUCAGGGUGAUUGCUCAGGGAGGUGCUGGAGAUUCCAGGCGCAGCAUUGACGUCCCCACGGAGUUUAGCGAUCCCAAGGAGGAAAGACUAGAGUUUUGCGAUGAAGCAGAACUAGAGCGGAAUCCACGGUUCCGCCUUCUGCGGCUCAGAGACAGCGGCUCAGCAGAGUUCCGCAAUUUCGGCGCGGUUCCCCUGCUGCUGAACGAGUACUCGGUGUCGCUGAUCGAGAAAAUUUAUGCGAGGGAGCCAUGCGAUGAAAAGUUGCCGAGUCACCGAGAUCCAAUUGAGGACCGUCAGGUGAAACGUGCUCAUCUCAUGAAGCAGAUGAGAGAAGAAGUCAUCAGGAAGGUUUACGAGUCUCAGACCCAUCGUGUCUUGGAAGACAUUAUAAUCGAAGAGAAAGUACCAAUAAUUGGGUCUCUCGGAUUUGGCCUGUUCAAACUUGUGAAGAAACAUCGUCCGUUACGACCGAGUCGUAAAGAACGCCGCAAGGUGACCGGUCAGAGUGUCGCCGCUGCCGAUGCCGAGAUUCUGGUCACAGUCCUCAGAGCCACCAACGUUCCCGUCAGGAAAGAUGGACAAUUGACCAAAGGUGUUGCAGAAGACGUGAUUGAGUGCCAGGUGCGGCCCUUCGUGGAGGUCAUGUUCCAGCGCAAAACGGCCCGGACCUUUGUGGCCGAGGGCCCUCAUCCAACGUGGAACCAGGAAUUGCGCCUCCCACUCACCAUGGGUGACUCCGACGGACCCUGCUCGGUGAGGGACAUCAUCUACCUCAACCUCUUCGACGAAGUGGUGCUGGACUUGCUCGAGGACGACAGGGAAAGGUUGAGCACGGUACACCAACGGCUUGAGAGGAGGUGGCUGGGAAACCUCAAGGUCCCCUUCUCAACGCUCUACCUCAACUCCAAAAUUGAGGGAACAUUCAGGCUGGACACGCCCCCCGUGCUGCUCGGCUACGUCCACGAGGUGAAGCCGUGGGCUCUGAUUCAUGACGCGCCCUCAAUGUGCACCUACAUUUCUUUCUACCUGACCAUCGAGCCGGGCCUCCAACCACCUGAAGUUUUGAGGGCUUGUUGUGAAAGUACCGAGCCAUCACAGCUGGUGCAGAGCGCGGAAGAGUGGCAGAGCGCGCUGCACACCCAGCAUCCGCAGCGGUUUGUGAAGGCCCUGGCAAUGGAUGCCUCGGGGAAGUGGGUCUUUGUGCCGAGAUUCCUGAGGCCACUCGCGCCACCCGAGGAGCUCUCGGUCUUGGCGGCGCGCCGGGCGAGCUCCAUCAUGGAGGGGCCACCACCCAAGGACGUUAUGAGCCUGGUCGCACGGUUUGUGUCUCUGAUUCCGACGCUGUCGGACAGCGUGUUCUUCCCCGGCCUCUGCGACAUAUGGAGCACUUGCGAUCAAUUCCUGCAAGUCCUGGUGGGCGACGAAGAAGAGCACGCCAUCCUGCUGUGCAACUUCUUCCUCCAUUUGGGGAAAGAGGCCUACCUGCUGCUGGGCACAGGUAUCCCCGAGGGACAGACCGCGUAUGUCCUGACCCGCGAAGGGCACAGCGGGGGGGUCUCCAUCUGGAAUGCGGUCACGGGCAAGCGCUACAGCGCCACCGACAGCUACGGCCCGCUCCAGAACAUCGGCUGCCUUGUCGGGAGGGACAACAUCUGGGCCAACGUUCAGAAGCACGAGCACCCUUCAAGAUUGUCGUACAACUUGUCCAAGGCUAACCACUGGAAGCCGUUUUUUCCUAAGGGAAAGCACCAAACAGAGCUCGACUCCGUGCAGCCGAGCGAACUUGUCUACGAAGCCACGGAUCCCUCUUACGUGGAGCAACUUCAGCAGAAGAUUGAGUAUGUCCUCAAAGAGAGCAUCAUGAAUUGGAGAAAGAGGUUUCGAACAUCCUGGAACCGCUAUGCCAGCCAAGUUCUCAGAAAGAUACUUCCAAGACUGGAAUCCAUGGCUGCCAGUCUGUCGAGCACGGACGACAUCCAGGAACUUUCGGAAAUUUUGGCAACCUACAAGAUGAGUGGCUUCCCCCUCUCCAUGAGCUUCACGGACGUGGACACGGUCAUCGAAAACGUCCUUUCUACCGGCGUUCAUCUGACAGAAGCAAAGAACGCCGAGUUUGCACUGGCCGUCCACAUUCAUCCGUACCCUUCCAACGUCUUGGCCGUCUGGGUGUACGUGGCUGUACUCUCCCGCAAGUUCUGAGGUGCGAGACGUGCUACCGGGCUGUUUUUGUUGCAGCCAUUUUAAUUGUUUCACUACCGCAGAAACAACCCUGGCUUGUCUGGUGAUCUGUAGCGCUUUGCUAGCAGUUCUGUGGAGGCUUCAAGCUCGAGAUUAUACCUUUCGGUGCUUCAUUUCAGCUUGAAGUGGUGGCCAUGCCAAGGCCUUAGCUCAAGCAUUUUGUCUUCAAAUGCAUCUUAGUACCACAAGAGGGAGUGCUAUAAGCAUGAGUAUGUAACUGUAGUUCCACUGCUCUACUUUAGAUAAAGCAGAGUUCCAAGGUACUCACAUGGCCUGAGCAGGCACAGAAUUAUUCUUUUAUGGCUAUAUCCUCACAGUCGUUGCUUUCACUGAUGUACUAAGAGUGGAAUACUGCAGACAAACUGGGCUUUUUUUCAACUAUAAGUGGGUUAAGAACUGACACACAGCUAGUGCUUACCAAUUCCUCCUACUUGCCCUCUUUCCCACCUUUUCGCUUAUCUGAAAGGAUUUACAGACCGGCAGAAAUUUGAGUUUUACUCUUGGUUACAAGGUAUUGCACUGAGUCUUUUGGCAGUGAUUUCUGUCUUGAACGUUAUUUAUAUUGUCUCAAUAAUAAAACUUUUUUCCAGC